AGAUAGCGAUAGCACGCAACGAACCGAUAAAUUAUUGGGGCAUCUGGUUACACUGACGGGUACACGUAGAAAACAAACAGACGACGUUUUAUGUUUAAAACCAAGUAUCGCAAUGCAAUAACGUGCCGAAAUCAGCAACAAAUCCCCACCCGCCGGCUUCCAAGUGUCCGGGAACAGGCGACACAUUCGUGUAACUGCGACAAAAGCAGGCAAGGGCCAGCGACAGCUACGACGAUCCGAUCCGGACACCAACAUGUUGGGCGGCAAGCGGACAAGCUCUCGUCAUGUUGCCGUUGUAUUGAUGAUGUGCCUGUUCUGGUACGUCAUCUCGUCAAGCAACAAUGUGAUUGGAAAAAUGGUGCUCAACGAAUUCCCCUUCCCCAUGACCGUCACCCUGGUUCAGCUCUGCAGUAUCACGCUGUACAGUGGUCCCUUCUUUAACCUGUGGCGUAUACGAAAGUACCAGGAAAUUCCGCGCGCCUAUUACAUGCGCCUGAUCGUCCCGCUAGCUAUUGGCAAGCUCCUCGCCUCAGUCACCUCUCACAUAUCGCUGUGGAAGGUCCCUGUCUCCUAUGCACACACUGUCAAGGCGACGAUGCCUCUCUUCACCGUUGUGCUGACGCGCGUCUUCUUCAACGAGAAGCAACCAACCCUUGUGUACCUGAGUCUGCUACCCAUCAUCACUGGUGUUGGCAUUGCCACAGUCACGGAGAUCUCAUUCGAUAUGCUGGGCCUAGUCAGUGCCCUCAUCUCCACCAUGGGCUUCUCCAUGCAGAACAUCUUCUCCAAGAAGGUGCUCAAGGACACCAACAUUCAUCAUCUGCGGCUGCUCCAUCUGCUGGGAAAGCUGUCGCUGUUCAUUUUCCUACCCAUCUGGCUGUACAUGGACAGCUUAGCUGUCUUUCGCCACUCGGCUAUUAAGAACAUGGACUACCGCGUGAUUGCCCUGCUGUUUGCUGACGGCGUCCUGAACUGGCUGCAGAACAUCAUUGCGUUCAGCGUACUGUCGUUGGUCACACCGUUGACGUAUGCAGUGGCUAGCGCCUCGAAACGGAUAUUCGUUAUUGCUGUCUCGCUGGUCAUACUGGGCAAUCCCGUAACGUGGGUCAACUGUCUAGGCAUGACGCUGGCCAUUGUCGGUGUUUUGUGCUACAAUCGCGCCAAGCAAAUCACAAGGUCCAAAGAGCCGCCGACGCUGCCGCUAUCGCAAAGCAAUCACAUUAAGUAUACGCCGCUACAGCAGCAAACCGAUCCGUACUACCGCGGUGCCUUGAACGGCAAGAUGUCGAAUGGACUGCACAAGCCGGGCUCGGCUUUGAGCGGCAACAGCCUGUUGGCCAACGGGAGUGGAAUGCCCAGCGGGACGGCCACACGCUUGCUCUUCGUUUAGUUAUUAGUUAGAGAAUCUAUUCCCCACUCCCCCUAGGCUAAAAGCUAAAUAGUCUAGUAGGAUUACCAUAACCAGAUUUACGAUACCGAUCCCUGGUCACUCCGAUCCCCACUCAGCUCUCUGUUCCCCCAGCUAUCGACUAUGCGUGGAUAUCCACAGCCGUAAUCCCUAAUUAAUGUUGUAAAUUGUAUUUUUGAUAACUUUUUGAUGCGUUUUUUAGUGUUUUGUAAAUAAGUAGCAUGAGACCCCUCCUCCUUCCUUCUCCGUCUUUUUGUUUUUGAAUUUGAUGCAGCCUUAAAGUGUAUUCAGAGAGCGUGUGCGCAUGUUAAAUGCCACAAUAAAAUGUUGACCAUGUACAUACAUAG